UGGCGCGGGCAAUGGCUCUCUUCGCACGCUGCUAAGCCACUCACAGUCACGUGGGGGUCGUUUCCUCGCCUUUUCCGCCAAGAGGGAGAGGGAGAGGAUUUUCCCGAAAAGAUAAAACGGGGGGGAGAGGGGAACAAGAGAGAGGGAAAGCUCAACGAACCAUCGCCGCAGCCGCUGCCCUCUCCUUUCUCUCUGUCUCUGCCAAAGGUCCUUCUCCUCCUCCUCCUACUACAGAAACUCGACGACAACUUUUUCGUUGGAGGUCGACCCACCAGAACAAGUGUCUCCCUCCAGAAUCCAUCGCGCACGUGUUGAGUUAUUCGCCGAAGAGUGAUUGAGGAGGAGGCCCUCCUUCUUCUUCUUCUUCUUCUUCUUCCCGUCGGAGGAGAGAGAAAGAGAGUGAGAGAGGAUGGCCUGGGCUCGUUUCCCGAAGUGAUCUCAACGGAGGAGGCGCCGGUGUUGUUGACCAGAGACGGUUGCGGGGGAGGGAGAGAGAGAGAGAGAGAAGAAAAAAUUUGGUGAAAAGUGUUGCUCCGACCUUUAAAAGUGUUAUUGCGCUAUCUUUUUUUCUUUUCUCAUUUUAGGCCGAGUUAGAAGAGUUCCAGUGAUUUUGUUGAUUCGUUAUUGUAUUAUUUUUACCUUUUCCAAUUCGUGAUGGAUAAGGGCACCGCCCUCCUCUUCCUUCUGCUGGUGUUGAUGAAGAGGUGAUAAGGUAUUCGAAGAAGACCCCCUUCGCGUGCCAGGGACCACUCGGUGGCUACUGAGGCUGCCGCCUCUGGCGCCAGAGAAUCCAGAAGGCCGAUAAAAAGGAAUUAAUCGGGAGUAAAUUUGGGCAGGGUGGCGAAAGGUCCCACUCGUUACAAUAAGGUGUUUGUUGUUGAUUUGUUAUACCGCAUGGAAAGGACGAAUUCAAUCCGUAAUAUUAGUUAUAAUAAUCAUAAUAGCUAUGGUGAUGAUACGAUCAUAUUCACGUGAGGAAAAUGUAGAAGUCUAGGAAAUCAAAAUUCAUGGAAAAGUUCGAGAUUCUAAUCAAUUAGUUUGUAGAAAAUAAACCGGAACUUUGUGAACCUGAAACCGUUCGGGGGAUGUUACGUUGUGCCGUUUUAGCGUUGGUCGACUGGUGCCCUCUCUUCUGCCCUUGUGCCCUCUCUUCUGCCCUUGUGGCCUUGACCUUAUUGGAGGAGAAACGAUGAGAUGCCCCGGUCACUAGAAUCCUACGAAUCCUACCCGGGGACAUAAUCCUUCGCCGGAGGGCUUUGGUCUAUAGGAAUCCUUUAGCUACCCGACAAUUGUGUGGUGUCCAUGUUGAACCCUGAUUAGAUAAUACCAUUUAUAUAGAGUUUGAUUAGUUCGACCCAAAUACCGUCUAUUUUCGUAGAAGAGAAAGUUCUCAUCCACUUUAGAGCAUAACUAGCCACACUUCACUCACGUUAGUCUACGACACGCACACAGUAGUGAAUACGACCCACGACCCUUGAAUGACUUGAAAUAGCAGUAUAUAUAGAUUUUGUAUUAAUUAAGCUGAUGAAUUAUGAAUAGAGUUUAUCCCGACCCUAGAAGGCAGAAAGAACGACCCAAAAUGCCCUGCGUACUCUAGAUGUCGUGAGGUUAAUAACCCUAUUCACAUCAAAUCCCGAUCAAUCUCGAUCUUCAGAAGGACACCACCUUCACCCCGCUUCAGGAAGGACCUAGCCCAAGUUGGGGAUAUCAAAGGAUACCACGCCACGAUGGAUUCCUCCAGGAUAGGCGGGGAAGGUUUUGAGGAUCUGGAGGACUCAAACUCCACACUUUCCUCCAACACCACCGAGAGAAUCUUCUCUAUAGGAGAGGACUUCAUUACAAAAUGGAAACAGCAACGCGGGCGGAGUGGUGAUGCCGAGAGCGGCAGGACUGCGGUUCUUAACAUGACGGCGCCCCUGGGGGAUACCCUGGGCAUGGGCGGCACUGGGACGACGUUGGUGCCCUACCUUGUCUCCUGGGAUGGCGUGCCAAGAAUCAAUGACCCUUUCAUCAGUUUCCUCAAUGCUUCCUCUGAUCUUUGGGGAGACAACCUCACCUGCUGGGGGAAUACCUCCAUGGAGUGCAGCGCAUCCAACGCCACCACGACGGAGGGCGGGGCACCUAUCCUACCGCCCUUUGAGCUCUGGCAGACUGUCCUCAUUGCCAUAUGCCUGGCUUGCUGUAUGAUACUGACAGUGGGCGGUAACCUACUAGUGUUGCUUUCCUUCAUCGUGGAGAGAGCGAUUCGCCAGCCGUCGAACUACUUUAUUGCGUCUCUCGCCAUGACAGAUGUCCUCAUAGGGUCGAUUUCAAUGCCCUUCUACACUGUCUAUGUCUUAAUGGGAGAAUGGACACUUGGCCCCAUAUUGUGUGAUUUAUGGCUAUCUGUAGAUUAUACUGUUUGUUUAGCUUCUCAAUACACUGUUUUACUCAUUACCAUAGAUAGAUUCUGCUCUGUGAAAAUUGCAGCAAAGUACCGCGGAUGGCGAACGAGGACAAAAGUGAUGGUCAUGGUGGCCAUGACCUGGAUAAUACCAGCGCUCCUGUUUUUCAUCAGCAUCUUUGGAUGGGAACAUUUUGUUGGAUACCGGUCUCUUCAGCCCAACGAAUGUGAGGUACAGUUUUUAAGAGACCCUGUUUUCAACACAGCUCUCAUUGUCACUUAUUAUUGGGUCACCUUAGUAGUGCUUUUUGUUUUGUAUGCAGGGAUCUACAAAACAGCUUAUGACAUGCAGAAAAAGUCAGAGGCAAAGCACAGGAAGAUGCAAACACUUGUGGCUCUUAGUGCAGGAGGAAUGGCAGGCAUGGCCGGAAGAACAGCAGGAUUAGGUAUGAGCAAAACGCAAAGCACCUUACUUAGCCAAGAUAAACCACAACCAGCACCACCUUCCAUCAAUGCGCAGCCUCCCCAGGCUCCACAAGGAGGAUCAGGUGUCAGUGAAUCAUCAUCAAGUCAAAAAACCUCUUCCAAGACUACAGAAACAACAAGCUUCUCUGAAAGACGAGGAGACCCAGCAGAAAAAUCUGAGCGAUCUAGCAGUCCAGCAUUUGAAUCUGAUGAAGAGAGUAGUCAAGUACCAUCAGCAACACGACGUACAUUGCCCAACAGUGCUGUUCCUCGACUUGACCCACCAGCACAACACCGCAAGACUCCAACAGCUGAUGCUCUCCCUAAAAUUCCAGAACAGAGUGUAUUAGAUACAUCAACAACAUUAGAGGGAAGUUCCUCAUCAGAUGCUGGAAUAGGAGCUCUAGCAGUCCAGCUUGCAAAAUCUCUUCCCUUUUCACAUCAUCAUCAAUCUCCUAAGAAGAUUCCAAUACUCCCUGACGUGGCCCUCCAUGAACAAAGUCUACAUGGAUCUGGACUUCUUGAUGUAACUUUAGGAGCUGCCACAGCACCUUUAGCUAAACGAAUGUCAGCAGAUUUUUCCAAGAAUGAUGAUGACAACAGUGGGCAGUCCAACAGUGGACAUUCUGAUGAGACACUAAGCGUUCAGUCAGGUGGAGAUUCACCAUCCCCGUCAUCAAAGCCACAACAGCCUCUUCAUCCAACUUCACUGCCUCUUAGACCUAUCAGUACUGUGCCUAUCCUCCCACUAGCUGCCUCUACACCAACUGACAUGCUGGAUGAGAGACUAAUAGCUCCUCCUGCAAUGUUUGCUGACACCAUGAGUGUCAGCAGUAUCUGCACAACACGUCCUCCUUCUUCUCUCAACUAUGGUCCUAUGGCCUACGAUAUUCUUACGGGUCUGGAUACGGGUGAUUUACGCUUCAUGGAUGAAUCUUCAAUUAUUUUGCCCUCCCCCGUGGUGGAGGACCCACCAUCCUCAGUAUGGGCUGCUACACUACACAGUCCAGGCUCACCCACAGGUCGUUCCCUCACUUCCUCUCUCACUACUCCUCAUAGCAUUCACAGAAAGAUGAGUAGGAUGCAGUCACGCUCUGAUGAUGAAGAUUUGGAAAUGAGCAUUGAAGAAGCAGAUGAAUCAGCAGAUGCUGAUGAUGAAGGCUGUGACAAAGACGAAAACUCAGAACAUUCUACAAAUGUACUAGUAACUUCAAUUAUUCAUGCUUGUACAGCUGUAACUACACUGGCAGGAUCAGAAAAAGCUUCGAGUCCAGUUAGCCCACCACAGGAAACGACAGUUAACGGCAGCACUGCACCAAAUGCACACAACAGCAUAACUACCACAGCUAAUAAUGCAAAUAAUACCACUUCCACAAAUGCUCCACCACCACCUGUUCGACCCAGAUCUAACAUUGGAGGAGGAACACCAGAGCCAUCCAAGCCAAGUGUCUCCAAUGCAGGACCAACAAACCAACUCAUUACAACUCAUAAUGUCAACUCUAACAAAACUGUCACCAGUGUCGCCAGAACGGAAUCAUCAUCUCUGAUUGAAAAGGACAAAGGAGGUUCCAUAGCAGUCACCUCUGACGCUCAAAGUUCAAUCAAGGGUUCCCUGAAAGGAUCCCGGAAAGGUAUUGUUAAAUCAAUCAGGAGUCUGAAGAAGAAGAAAAAGAAGAAUGAGGGCGAGAAGCGCCAUCGCUCAAAAUCUGAAAACCGAGCCAACAAGGCCUUGAGAACCAUCUCCAUUAUUCUGGGAGCAUUUGUUGCUUGCUGGACACCUUACCACAUUCUAGCUAUUGCUGAAGGCUUUUGCCAGUGUACAAACACGCAUGUCUACAUGUUUGCUUACUUCCUGUGCUAUGCUAACAGCCCCAUCAAUCCUUUCUGCUACGCUCUCGCUAAUCAGCAGUUCAAGAAGACGUUCAUGAGAAUACUCAAAGGAGACCUUCACAUAACGUAACACAUCAGCAUGGUAGAUGCUCCGUUGGUAUUUACUCAAUUAUCUGUGAUAUUUGUAGGAAAGCCACCAUUACUUUCAGUGCUCAGUAUGGCAUGUACGAUUCUUUCAAGCCUCGCGCACGAAGUAUAUUCUGUCAGAGUGUACAUAUGAAGCCUUGAUCUGGCAAACAGAACAAAAUUCGCUUAGGAGUCAACAUAUUGCAUACCACGUGCUAUAAGUAUUAGUACCGUCAUAGCACUUUUAGCACAAUUGUUUCUAAUAAGUACUUCAAUUGAUAACUAUUUUCCUCAUGUAUAUAGUUGCCAUAAUAAGUCAAGUGCGAGACUUAUUUUGAUAGCGUCAUAUACAAACUGAUCCUUUAUACAUAAGCAAUACUGAAGAUUUAUGUUACCAUACCUCAUCACAAUGCGCGCGCAUGGUUGUAGGAACGACGUACAUGCUACCCUUCAGUGCUGCAUGUAAAUACUAUAAAAACAAAAGACUAUUUAAAAUGUGCAUAUCCCCCUCAAGUGUAUAUAAACUAAUAUAUAAAUAUAUAUACCUAUAUCCAUGUGGCAGUGGCCUGCCUCAUAAGGAAUGUGUUCUGAACUUGUUUUAAGAUUGUACGCACGAUGGCUUUUAUAAGGUCACACUGUGUUGAUGGCCUUUCUUUUAAGAUAAUAAAUCAGUAUUCUAUUUUAUACAAGAAUUCUGAGUCUUGGAAGUCAUUUUUUUUAAUAAGUCGUCAUAGAAGAAACCAUACAGUCGUGGAGAAAAAACUUAGGAAAAACCGAAAACGUGUAUAAAAUGUAGUAAAUACAGAACUACAGUGUGUGCACGUAUAUAUAUGUGUGUGGGUGAGAGAGCGCAUGCGUGUAAACUAUUUAUUGAAAACAGGGAACUGUUUUCUGAUCAAGUAUUGUAUAUUACAUGAUUUAUUAAAUGAAUAUAUAAAUAUAUGAGUUGUACAGAAGACAUAAGUAACUCCUUUCAAUAUGUGAAGAAGCCUCCCAUGUCUAUUCUCUGUCUAGCUAACCUAAGUUGAGCUUAAUUUUGUAAAUAUGAACUUGGAUUUCAAUGUCUUGCUUCAGGAAGCAGACAUUCCAUACGCAUAGCUUGGACCCAAACUGCCACAAAUAUUUGUUAGUGAUUCUUUUGUUUACUCUUAAGAUUUCCAAAGAAUGAGGGAUUGUACACGUUGGUAUUAGCAAUCUGUCAGUUGUUAUGAGGUUUCAGUACAAUAAAUUUGGUAUUCCAGAAGUAUUACAUUAUCGUAUGCCACUCUGUGGGCUACUUUACAAGGGACACUGGUAUAAGUAUAGUGAUUUUUUAUACCAUGUUUUACAGCUUUGGUUUGUUGUAUACUAAAUAAGUGACAAAAAGUUCAUUUAUGUAAGCAGAUGUAUUUGUAUGUUGUUGAAGAUCACUUGAAAAAAAAAUCUUUCAUACUCAUUGGAGCCAAAUUGUAAUGAAUGCCAUAUCAUUCAAUUGAAUAUAAAUGUAUGAAAACUGCGUAAACGUAUAUAUUUGAAAGGUGAAUUUAUUUAUAUAAAAGUAUAGACAGAGAUACAAACUACAUAGUUGUAUAGCAAAUGAGUUCUUCCAAACCUAAGGGCCCGGUGGAGUGUAAUACGUUAACAUAUUUUCAAAGGCCAUACUCCAUAUUUUUCAACUGAACACACAUUUAGCAUCCAGUAUAUUUUAUAUCUGCCAAAAAGUGACUCUAUAUUGUAUGUUGGUUGUAAUCCAUUGUGGAACUCUUAGACUCUAAGGAUUAACAUGAUGUGAAUGGGGUCACCUCAUCACUGACAUGUUCAUCUCGGUUGACUAUCCGAGUGUCUUUAUCAAGCGACCUGUUUGGUCUCUAAGUUUCCCCUCUUGCCCAGCAAAACCAGCCUCCAACCUCAACAACCUCCUCCAGUCCUCUCCUUAACCCCAACCCCAUCCUCAGUUUUUUGUAACCACUCAUAGGACCCUAUCUGUGCUGUAGAUCUUGCAAAAAAAAAAGGAUGAGUAUAUAAUACAUAUCGAAGCAAUCGGCAUUCCUGGGAGGGCAUUCUUUUACAAGUCGACUCAUUAUUUCUUCUCCCUCUCUCAGCAACUUGUAAAUAGUAAACAUGUGAAAUCCCUGGUGUUGGUGGUGGUUCCCUCCAUGGAUGCUGACUGCCAAUCAUUUCGCUCUGGGAUGACGUUCCCGCUCGCCAGGGAGUUUGGCGCGCGUUUUGUAGUGACUUGGUUUUGGCGCCGAAGAAUUUGAUAUUAUGGACCAUACUAUCAUUGCGACUUCUUUUUGAGCCUUGCGCCACACCCAGAUCACCCUGUGAGCCCAACAAAACGUGCCUCCUAAACUGUUCCUUCUCCGCUUCUGCCUCGAACUCCAGUCACGCUCCUGUCAUCACUCAUAAGACUCAUGUUCCUUCAUCAAGUCACUGACACAUUCACAUUCCCUCAUCAAUAAAAAAGAAGAAGAAGGUGAAAACAUGAAACAAAAGAGCAGCUUCUUUGCAAAGAAAGUGAUUUCAAUACUCAUUCAUUCCAAGGCGUCAAAGGCUGUGUAUGUAACCAAUGAUUUCACGAAAUCAAACAAUUUUUAGUGUUUUUCCGCCAUGCUUUGUACCACACGGAGAUCUCAAAACAUGAUGCAACCAUAUCAAAAUCUACUCUUUCAAGUCAGAACGGCUUCACACGUCUUCUUAUUUUCAUUUCGUGUACACUGCACGAAUCAAAUUCUUCAGGAUCCUAUCAUCUUCGUCUAUUUCAUUAUCCAUCAAUUAGAACUUUUUUUUCCUUCAUCACAUUUCCUCCCGCCAGAUAUGCCAUCUUCAUCCCGGCAUGACUCGAUGUGAAGGCAGUUGAUUGGGCGGGGCGUGUAGUGACGUCAUCAGACUGUUGCCUAUUGCUGAAUUCCCAUUGGCUCACCAGCAGAAGCGUAGACAGACCUUCUGCUAUCGUGAGACAAUGGGAAUAACAUAUAUAUAUAUAAUUGUAUGUAUAUAGAUGCCAGCCUGAGUCAGUAUGAUAUGAAUAUUCUGUGAAAAGAAAUAAAUAUAAAUGUCAUUGUUAUGCUAA